AGUUGAAGGGAUGAAUCCACUCCUCAAGGGACUCUUCGGUAGCAACAAGACGCUCACCGGUAUCGCCAAACACUACUACUGGCCCCACAUGGCAGAUGACGUACAGAAAUUCGUCACCUCGUGCACUACAUGUCAGCGAAUGAAGAGCAGCAAGCAGGAAAAGGCGGGUCUACUACAGCCUCUUCCUGUCCCAGAACAGCCAUGGCAAGUGGUCAGCCUAGGCUUCAUCACCGGUCUACCAACUACCACAAGCGGACAUGACGCGAUCCUCGUCGUCAUUGACAAGUUCUCCAAAAUGGGACACUUCAUCCCGACACACACGACAGCACGCACCGAGGAGAUGGCACAACUCUUUGUUCGCUACAUCACCUCACAACAUGGCAUUCCGACCAAACUCAUCUCCGACCGAGACCCUAAGUUCACCAGUAAAUUCUGGAAAGCACUGAUGUCUCUGCUCGGGACCAAACUCGCCAUGUCAUCCGCUUACCAUCCGCAGACAGACGGACAGACCGAGCGCCUCAACCAGAUUGUCGAGCAACUCCUCCGAGCAGCCUGCAAGGACGAGAUCUCCAAAUGGGACCUGCACCUGCCUGUUCCAGAGUUUGCUUACAACAACGCUACGCAUGCCGCUACUAGACAGACGCUGUUCUUCCUCUGCUACGGAUGCCACCCUCUCACACCACAGAAACUGACAACAUCCACCACAAUUCACAAUGCCUUCCAUGUCCAACUUUUGAAGCCCUAUCGGGAUCCGAACAUGAUCUUCGUCGGAUGCCAACCACCGCCGCCGCCGCCCGUCCUCGUCCAGAAUGAACCCAAGUACGAGGUCGAGUCCGUGCUUGCACACCGCCGUCAUCGGAAUGGCACCGUGGAGCUUCUCAUUCGUUGGAAGGGUUAUGAUCCUUCUGAGGACAGCUGGGUCUCUGAGUCCAACAUGGGUAAUGCCCGUCGUCCUCUGCAUUACUACCUUGUCAAGCAGGCUACCUGGAAGAUUCACAACAACUUCCAUGUUCAACUUCUGAAGCCCUAUCGGGAUCCAAACACGACCUUCGUCGGACGCCAACCGCUGCCGUCGCCGCCCGUCCUCGUCCAGAAUGAACCCGAGUACGAGGUCGAGUCCGUGCUUGCACACCGCUGUCGUCGGAAUGGCACCGUGGAGCUUCUUAUUCGUUGGAAGGGUUAUGAUCCUUCUGAGGACAGCUGGGUACCUGAGACCGACAUGGGUAACGCCCGUCGUCCUCUGCAUGACUACCUUCCAAUUAGAGAAUGGAGCGAUGUGGUGAUGCCGACUUAGUCGGCCAUGGAACGACAAAUGUUGCAGAGAGGACCGAGCAGCAGCAGCGCUCCGUCUUGGCAGGCUGCGACUGCUGUACAGGGCGAAACUGGAGGAUAGCUGUGGAACAGCAUGACUUGAGGGCUUGGUGCUGAGGGUCUUUCUGGAGGACCCUCUCAAGACUACCGCAAGGCUGCUGCUACUGCUGCUGUCGCUCGCCGCGUGGCACCAGGCUGCAGCUGCAGCUCCCACGAACGAGCAGAUGCAGGUGGAGGUCUCUAAUCUCCAGCUCGCUGCUGCAGCCAGGCCACGCUACUCCGUCAUCGCUAGGUUCCUGGAAAGGGCGAUUGAGAAUCCCGAUUCCAACUACACCCUACUCCAGAACACGACCAUAUUACUUCCUUCCAAUCAGGCGUUGAUCGACACGCUGCUGCGAGCUUGGGAUAAUGGCACAGAGUGGUUGCGCACAGUGUCUUACAACAUCAUCAAUGGCCUGUACACGCUUAGGGGACUGCGACAACUGCCUCGAAAUGCGCAGAUUCCAACAUUGUUGGAAGGUGCAAACCUCACCAAAUUCAACCCCAGCUUCAGUGUGGCACUUGGCCAGCCAGGAACGAAGCUGUAUACUUGGGCAGUGGUGAAGAUUCCCAAUCUGUACAAUGGGGUGUUUCUCAAAGCACAUGGCGUGGACAGGUGGGUUGUGCCACCGGUGGCAUAGCUCUUGCUUUGCAAGUGGGGCCAUCUUUUGAAGCUGGGUUGGGAUGGGACAGCUUGAGAGAAGGCCUUUUGCUAUGUGUAUGGGCACAUGUUUUUUGGUUACAGCAUGGAUGCUGCUGAUGUAGUGUAGUGCCCUGUAGUGUAACAGCUAGGGGAAUGAGGCGGACCUGAAGUGUUUUCUCGUGAAUUUGAGUUUUUGUUGUGUUCUCUGCAUUAUACCGUCCGUACCGUAGUAUAAUCUGGUUGUGCAAUGGGCUGAGUUAUUCCGAAUAGCUCAUACGGUAGCUUUCUAGGGCCUCAGAUUGCAGGCUUUUUACCCUGAUUCAG